AUGGAAAAGCUCUUCGAAAAAAUUGGAGAUCAUUUCAACAAUCCAGAAAUGUCUGAUCGCAUUUUAGUCGUGAAGAUUCGAAAAGAUGGUUGGGAAAAGCUCGAAGCAGCACGCCGGGUUCGAAGUAUCACGAAAACGAAUUCUCAAGAGGGAAACGAUGCGAUUUCAGGGACAAAUUUUAAUCAAAAAGAAAGGCUGCAUGUAUCUACAGACAAAGAAUCGAUUGUUAGCACGUCUGAGCCAAAAUGUGACACCGAAUCUGCAGGUCCUGAUGACGACUCUGUAAACUCCGCUUCAGAAUUAAGAACUGUUAGCAGCUUAAGCUGUGAUUCCGGAAUAAGCGACGUUACAUUUUCUGAGACCAAAAAAACGGUUAAGAGUAAGAAAAUAGAAGAAUCCUCAAUCAGGGGCGAGAAAGGACAUAACCCAGUGAAUCAAGAUUCUGGAAAUUGGCAAAAUGCUGCAAAUUCGAAUGGAGACGCCGUCGUCUCUCCGACAUCAUCAGAUGUAGAUGUCACCAUUAGCAAGUUGCUCAUAGCAGACAUUAGCUAUACUCACAAAGCCGGUGCCGUAGGUUUAACCGCUUUAAAUACUGGCGACGAAAGCCCUUCAGCAUCUGCUCCUUUACAAUCGUCCAAAACCGGAACUGCAGAGGCCAGCGUAGAAUAUUUGACAUUUACUGACACUGUCAUCCGGGAACAGCAGCUGUAUGUUCACAGCUUCUGGCUGGCUUUGAAUAGUUCUUACUUUAGAAGCCUUUUUUUUAGCUCAGGGAUGAAGGAGACAAAAGUGAAAAAGGUAUGAUUCCUCUGACCUGACAUAUACAUUUAUUGGCUAAUUUCCUGUUAUUUCAACUGGCCUCAAGAGUGCCCAAUGGCUUGACAUUUUUUGUAUACUUAGUAAAAUUUGAACAUACCUUUUUUCGUAUGUACGUUUUUAAGAAACCUGAAUUGAAUUCAUCGAAAACAAGUAAUUUAAUUAAUUUUCAAUUUAGAAAAUAUUUGCGUGGGUUGAAUUAAUUUUAAACUUUCAUCUAAACAGGUUGAGAUGAACAUCAGCGAAUCCUUGUCAUCGAUGUUCCUUCUGUUGAUAGAAUCACUGUAUAAGCCUGAAGUUGUGAUGCCAGAAAGUGUGGAAAAUCUUCUUGUUCUUAUGAGACUUGCUCAUGUUUAUGAUGCAGAGAGCACACUCAAGGCUUGCCAGAAGUAAGAUUUUAAUUUCUCUGUUGUUGAUUGACAGCCAACUUCUCCUUAAAAAAAAAACUCCCUAUUUAUUCCUUUGACAUCCAACAUUGACUAGCUUCUAAAUUCUCCUCACAAUAUCACCCCUGAAUUAACCAUAAAGGUCCAAGAAUAAAGAAAAUGAUCAACAAUCAAUACCUCAGGAAUUGUAAAGAGAACAGUGUGGAGAAUAUACACACUGAUGUUAGGGUGUAAAGGGUUGACCAAGCAAACUGCUGAUGAGAAUGUGUAAUAUUUUCACAUCAAUGAAGUCCGUGUUGUAACUAUUGAGACAAAACAGAUGAGCUUCAGGCUGUUUUACUUGUUUGUAAUUUCAGUUCACAGCAACUUCUUAAUUUCCUUAGUUUCAAAAGGGGGUUGUGAUUAGUAUGGUUUUUCUUCCAAGUAAAGUUGUAUGGUUUGGUAUGGUUUUUCUUCCAAGUGUAAGUCUUCUCUUUGAUACCAUGAAAGAGUAAUUACUUGAAAUAUUUAAUAGAAUUCUUUAUUGUGUCCUUAUUCUUUAGACUUCUUGGUUCAGCGGAAUUGACAGUUGAGAUCUGUGACAAAUCCUUGAAUAUGCAAGAGCAUGAAAGGUAAUUCAAAGCUAAAGAAAAAGAAAAUUUUAGGAACAACAGUUGCACAAUUAGCUUUACAAUGGCUUCUUUGUCUUUCAUUUUGUAGCAAUUUAGUUAGUUACUUCAAACAAGCUUUGAAAAUUGAAUGGUUCUUCUUUAGUUUUAGCAUUGACUUAUUAUUGGCUGGGAAAAAAGAUGUGAUUAUAGUGAAAAACUAGUGUAAUUGGGCAUUUAAAUGCUCUGCUGAGAGCCGAUCAGGUUAGAAGGAUUACCAGCAAUUGCAAAUUGGAUAUGAUAAAUUGAUUUAGGAGAGAAAUCUGGGUGGGAUGAAAGUUUUAGUUUUAGAGUGAAAAAUAAGUAGCCCACUUCCUUUUCCGGACCCUUCAUCAGAAUUAUUUGAUUUGUACUCUAUCUUUUUAAACAAAGCGCAUGUUAAUGACUUUAUGAUCCAAAUUAGUGACGUAAACACUUAGUAACCUUUUGGCCCCUGAGAGUGACUAGCAUCUAAUUUCUCCUUACCCUAUCACUCCUGAAUUAAGUAUUAAUGUCAAAAGAAUAAAGGAAAUAAUCACCAACUGAAGGAAAUGGUGAUUGUUAAACAAAUUCUUCUGUCAAUACCUUAGAAAAUGUAUAAAGGAAAGUAUGGAGAAUAUGCUUACUGAUGUUAGGGUGUAAAGGGUUAAAUUCAACACAACUUCUCAAUUGUUACUCUCAGACUCCCUGAGAUGGCAGAAUUUAUCAGGCGAUGUGAAGAAUUCCUGGUUGAGGAAUUCAGUCCAUUAGACUCUCAAUGGUCGAAUGAAGACUUUCUGUCUCUGAGUUCCAACGGUCUACAGAAAGGUACGUCAAUAGCAUGUUUGCUGUUUGUACAGGGGUUUAUUCAUGACAGCUCUGUCACUAAUGAGUUGCAAGAGUGCCAGAAAGAAUACCAAAGAAAGCAACAAUUUUUCAAAGGCAAACAUAACACAAGAUAGAGAAAAAACAAUUGUUAGCAAUGUAGUUAGUGAUUAAAUGCAUUGCCAAAAGUAGCCUGUGAGCAAGCUUUCAUUAUUAGCUCUUUGGCACAAGCAUUUAUUUUUGCCCACAGGAAAGCAUGAAGCCUUAAGCAACCCAAGCAGGGGAGACCCCCAGCCAACCUCUCCCUGACUUGUUUUACACCUAUGGGCGGGGGGGGGGUGGAAAAAGGUGUGUCUCUCAGGGCUAACAAUGAGGGACUGCUCUCUGGCUAUGCCAAAAGUGUAUAACAGUGUCUAAUACAGAGGAUCACCAAAAAGUUUUUGAAAUUUUGGAAUGAUUGAGGGUAGGAUUUUGGUGGGAAUGAAAACAUCUUGAAAGAAUGGUUAGAAUGGGAAAUGAUAACAUCUGUUUUUUCAUUGUUAGAUGAAAAAAAGAGAAUGACAAAUAUAGAUGGAUUUCAGACUGAAUAGAUCAUCUGAGUUUUCUGAUAUGUUUCAUUGUUGUCUGAAGCAUAGUUUAUCAACUGAUUGCUGUGAGACUAGUUAUGUCUAAUUUUCAUUGAAUUCUUUAGUUCUUUCCAGCAAUGAGUUGUGUGUAUCCUCAGAAAAUACUGUGUUCCUUGCACUGAUGAAAUGGGCAGAGGUGAAUGAAGUGUUUGAUGAUCAGCUUGAGCCCCUGUUGGAAUUGGUUCGCUUCAAAGCCAUGACCAUUAAUUACCUACAUGAUGUUGUUACCAGUGAUCACCCAAUUGCUUCUACAGUUGCUAAGUUUCAACUGAUGUUUGAAGAGGCUGUUUUUUACCAUGCAUUUUCUAAGGUAUGUGACACGAUAAACUGAAUUAUUUAUUGCCUUUAAAUAAUGAAUUACUUUUGAUCUAUCAACCAACAUUUGGAAAGCUUUCCUUAACCCUUUACACCCUAACAUCAGUAUGCAUAUUCUCCAUACUGUUCUCCAUACAUUUCCUAAGGUGCUGAUAAGGAGAAUUUGUUUAACAAUCAAGAGCUUCUUAAGUUGGGGAUCAUUUUCUUAAUUCUUGUGACUGAAAUGUGUAAUUCAGGGGUGGUAUAGUAAGGAGAAAUUAGAUGCUAAUCAUUUUAAUCGUUUUCAGGGUAUUUGUUAACCUGUUUCGUUUCAAUAUUUUAAUCGUUAGGUUAACCUGUUCGUUUCAUCUUUCAUUGUAUGUUACUAAACGCGGCUGCAAUGCGUUCAGACUUGAAAACAUAAAUGUUCUGCCAAUAUAUUUUGUCAGGAGAGACAGUGUGAGGAGGGAGAGCCUGUUGGCAGGAAAGCUCAUGAUGAUCCAGUGGUGUUUAACUGGACAGUGGACAUUGGAGAAGAUAUUGAAGUAGAGAAGAAAAAGAAGAUCAUCAAAUCACCGCAUUUCUGGGUCAGCGGAUACGAAAUGUAAGCUGUCUACCGGCUUUUGGGGAAAAUGAUGCUUUGAUUGGUAGUACAGUACCAACAAGUGGGCGGUAGAUGUUCUAGAGCGGGAGAGAAACAAAGUGUUAGGAGAAUGGAAAUAGUCUGGAAAGAACGGUUUUGAGAGCUUUCUCAGUUAUCUCCAAAUAGUAUUUAAAUUUGUUUCUAUAGUAGCUUUGCUGAGAUGUAAUUGCCUUUUCAGGUUCCUUGAACUGAAGCUGAGGACUUCCGGGUGUCAAGGCCUAUAUCUGACAAUAAGCACACGUGACUUCCGCCACAGUAGCAAAGGAUUCGUCAAACUUGCUUAUUCUCUGACAUCCAACUUUCCAAAGGCUACACGAGUAAUCAACGAAGCGGACGUGUUUGAUAGAGAAGGAUCUGGCUGGGGAUACGAAGAAUUCUUUCCUUUAAGCUGGACUGAAUUCAAAGAUCAGUUGAAAAGAACUCCUCUUAUAAUAACAUCUCAAGUCAGUCUUCUGGAAUAGUGUAGAAUUUGAUCCAAUUCAAUUUAUUUCGAUGUUGUUUCACCUUGUUCGCUUUUUCCAAUCUUCAUAUUGUGAGGCAACUAUUCUCUCUGAGUCGAACAGUGUGUUUCUGAGAAAUGUGUUUUAAAGUAUUUUGAAAAUGGGAUGAAACUGAUGCGGGAGAGUGAUAAGUCGAAAGGAAACUUCCAGAGAAGAUUUGAGAAGACCCAGAAGUAUUUUUGUUUUUUAAAGCCUUUCAUAGCUUUUGCAACACCCUUACACAUCUUGCAACCUUUGUUUCUUUGAUUUUAUAUUUAUUUAUUUAUUUAUGUAGAAUUGUUGUUUAUUUAUGGUUAUUUGUUUAUAGAUUUUUUUGGCGUCUUUGGAAGAGUCGUAGAGAUUAAGAUCAAACGAUCUGUGAUAUAUGAACCCACGAAAUGUAGAAACACAGAUUUUGUGUUGUCAUUCGAAAUGACAGUGCCACUGAUCCAGAUUUUUCGGCGAAGGAAAUGUAGAUCAUUACCAACGGUUUUCUUUGUCAGGAUUUCACGUCGAGCGACCGAGUAAAGGUGUCGUGCAAUCACGCGGCACUGAGUAUUUCGUCUUCGCGCGCUUUUUAUCCCACUAGACAUAAAAAGGAGAUAAGAACUUUUCGUACAUGCAAUGUUAAAGAAAUGAACUGUGUGGACAAUACUUUGUUAGUGAAUGUUCUUGCAUGAAGAACAUUUGACAUUGAUCCAACAGCAGAAGCAAGAUGAAGCAAAAACGAGAAACUAUAGCGCAGAAAGGAUGAGAAAAACGCAAAAGAAAUGUUAGUAUUGUUGGAAAGUUAGAGCUGAAGUUUCGCGAACGAUAGUAUAAGAAGCUUUGUGAUAAUUAUUGGGAGUCCGCACAUUCACUCCAAGAGGUCUCAACAAGAUUAUAGCGCCGCUUUGCUUUGAGCCAUUACAUAUUUGAAAAUACUGACCUGUGCAAUAAAACCUUUGAUUGUGUC